AUGGAACCGUUGUGUGAGUUUUGUGGGGUUGUAAGGGCAGUAGUUUAUUGUAAAUCAGAUUCUGCAAGGUUGUGUUUGAACUGUGAUGAAUUUGUACAUUCUGCAAACUGUUUAUCUCAAAGGCAUUCUCGUUCACUUCUCUGUGAUAAGUGCAAUUCCCAGCCGGCAAUUCUCCGGUGUUUAGAUGACAAGUUGUCUUUUUGUCAAAACUGUGAUUGGAAUAAUACAAAUAGUUGUUCAAGCUCCGGCCACCAUCUCCAAGUUUUGUCUUGUUACACCGGUCGACCUUCUUUGGCAGAAUUUUCUAGGAUUUGGUCUUUUGUUCUUGAUGCUUCUCCUAGUACAAUAACUAGUUAUGAUCCUGAAGGAUUAGGAACGACGUCGCUUCCCUCUCUACAAGGAAAUGAGGAUUCCAUGAUUAGUUGUUUAAAGAACAAGGAUAAUGAAGGCACCUUUGGCUUGGUAAAUAGAAAGUUGAAUGAAUUAGAACCUUGGAUGAGGACCUCUAAUGUCAUUCCACAGGAUCCAAAUUCUCUUCCUUGUUGUAGAGACCAAGUGUCUUUCUUGCCUGAGGAUCCAAACAUGUCAAAGGCCGGUUGCUCCAAUUUCAAAGAGCUUGAAAUUCAAGAUGGUGAAGAUUUAUGUCAAGGUCUCAACAUGGAUGAUGUUGCAUUGAACUUUGAGAAUGGUGAUGAUAUAUUUGGAUGCCCUCAAGUUCAACCCAGAAACCAGCAAGGGGAUAUUGGAAAGGAUUGCAUUUUAAUGGAGAAAAGUUUAUCGGUUAUUGAAUCUAAUGGUGGUCGUGUUGACAAUACCAUAGAGGUAACCUCAUCAGGACAACAAGACUGCAUCACAUUCCAAUCACCUCAAGUUGCCUGUUCAACAAGUAUGAUACAGGCAAUGUAUGGUAGUACUAGUUGCUUGUCUAUGAACCCGAGUUCCAACAGAAGUAUUAAUCUUGGAUUUCCAACUACCACUGGACAAAUUCACCCAAGCAUAUCUCUUUCACUAUCCAAUAUCACUGGUGAGAGCAGUGCUGCUGAUUAUCAAGAUUGUGGAUUAUCACCAGUGUUUUUGGCCAAAGAAUCACCACGGGAAUUGAAUUUGGAAACAAGUUGUCCACAAGCAAGGGAAAAAGCUAAGAUGAGAUACAAAGAAAAGAAGAAGACACGAACAUUUGGUAAGCAAAUCAGAUAUGCCUCUCGUAAGGCUUUGGCUGAUACUAGAAAACGUGUUGUAAAAGCUGGUGAAGCAUAUGAUUAUGACCCAUUUGUAAAUAAAUACAAAUUAUGCCUCUCCCAUUUGUUGAGAUGUGGACGAGAAGUUUCGAAGGUUUUUAUUGCAAGCAGAAGCAUCUCCUCCAUAAGAUUUGGUGAUGAAGAUGUAAAAUUAAUUGUGAAAGAAGAGUCGGUGAAGAAGAUGGCAUAUGUGAGUUGUCUUCCCAUCAUGAGAGAAGAGGUAUUUAUAUUUGUAGAAAUCAGAUCGGUUACUUCGUGGGUGGAUUUAUGGAACCCUAAGCGAAGAAUCUCUAGGGCUCUUAUCGGUCUGAAAACAGUAAAGACUGUUUGGGAAGCUCUGAAAGAUGCUUAUGCUCAAGACUCCCAAGAGAGAGAGUUUAAUCUACGACAACAACUAUCCUACUUUCGCAAAGAUGAAAGUAAAACGAUAACAGAACAUCUGCGGCUUUUCAAAGAAAUCUGCGAUAACCUUACCACGAUUGGGAAAACAGUUCCAGACAACGAAAAGGUAUUCUGCCUUCUUACAAGUCUGGGGCCUCAGUUCGAAGAUUUUACUACUACCAUGCUUAAGCCUCCAAGACCGACUUUUACAGAACUGAUCUCUCAGUUGAAGAGUUUAGAGCAACGAAGAACUUGGUUUAUGAGUCAGUCUGAUGCCUCUAUGGGUCAAAUUUCGUCCCACGUUGCAUUCUAUGGAAAUCAACAAAGACAACCAAAUUCCAGUUCCAGUCGGCGCUCAAAUUUUACUUCUCAAGGACGAGGCUUCCAAGCGCAACAACCUCGUGGUCAGAAUCAGGGAAGAGGAAACUCAACUACUCAACGUCGUACACCUCCCUCUGGGCACCGACGUAUGACUGCAGAAGAACGUGAACUUUACAAAGAUGAAGUUUGCCAAUACUGUGGCAAACCUGGGCAUAUCGCCAAAAUUUGCUGGUGGAUUCCUAAAUCACCUCAAGAAAAUCUACCUCAAGCUCUUGCUGCACUUACUCUGGACAACGGAGUAGUAGAUGCUGACUGGAUUGCCGACUCAGGUGCGUCUCAUCACAUGACAGGACCGGAAAACGGGACAAAUCCUACUAACAGGACCAAAGAAGCAUAAUCUUUAUACCUUGUCUGCAGCUC